GGCUACCCCAUCAUCGACGCCCUUCUCGUCUCUCAACUUGACCCACACUAUGUACUAGCAUGACGCUCUGCCUUAACGAGGUCAUCGUGUAGAGGAUGGCAGGCAGUUCCUAAACCAGGUUGGCGACUGAUGGGAACUCGGAUUAUAAUCGGCCCUUCGCCGUUGAGGCAGACAAGGCAAAUCCUUGCAUGUACUCCUCGAAUCACGUCGCAUGAAGCUCCAGCGUUCGGUCAGCGCUGGCGCCAUCAAGUCGCCUGGCUUGGUAGGACGCUGUCCGUUAUCACAGGUGUGUUAGACCAGCAAGUAGAUAUACCUACCCUACGACGCCCUAGCGAGGAAAAUACCCCAAGGGGGAGGGGAGAGAGGAAGAGGCUACUACUGCAAGAAAGUCGACAUAGGUCACAAUUGCAACCCCGCCGUCGUACUGGGAGACGGGAACGGGGCCCUUGUCUUUGUCUCAUCACCCCAACCGGGAAGCCUCUGGACGAGAAGGGUUAUGUGCUGCGCAGCUCACGGGGCCGAAUCAAGUCGGGAAUGUUCCUCGUUACUCGCAGGUACGAGCCAGAUGUCCCAAUGAGCACACGCCCGCAGCACGUAUCCACGCAUGCCUCUUCUUCCCUCUGGCGUGGCACGCGAGACCGUGUUAUUUUCCCGCCGGCCCCCAUCUCUCUCUCUCAGAGCGGGCGGUCCAACGGCGCUGGGGAAAAUCCCACGCGAACCCCAGAAGGCAAGACCCUUCUCCCCCCUCGAUCCCGCGCCGGCUCCCGGGCAGCGCCUCCAGGGCAGCGCCUCCACUGGGCUCGCGCUCGCACCAUGGGUAGCGUCGAGCACGCAGAGCCCAGGGUAAGCCGCGGGCGAUGACCAGGCAGCGUCUGAGUCGGCGGGAAUCUCGGCCGCCGACGACGACGAUGACGACGAUGACGAUGUAGAUCCUGGACCGUGCCUACGUACCCUCCACGGUCAGGCAGCCCCAGCUACCGUGGCUCGCCUCUGCGCCGCGCCGGGCAAAAAGCUCCUAGGCGCGCCCGCUUACCCGCUCGCCUCCCAGGCGGCGCCAGGUCAAGGGACUGCCCAGAGCUUCUAGGAACGACGUCCCGAGCCGGCCGCGACCGUGGGGCGGGAAAUUUGGGUC